CACGAAUGAACUGGUUAUGAUAACCUAAUUUUAAAAUCGUUUAUUUGUUCCGGAUUUAUAUCUUCAUUUUCUGUUAUAAAACUAUUGAUCGAAGUUUAUUGAAUUUUAAUCGAAGCUAAGCUUUUGAAUUUUUUUAAAAGUCAUACUUUAGAUAAGGAUCUCAAUUUUAAUAGUCUGUACAUUAAAAUUAAAAAAUAAAAUCCACAAGUUUACAGAAGGAUUUUAAUCUUGAUUCGAAAAUGUUUUUGGAAAUUUAUUUAAAACAGUCGAUAAUAUCAAAACUGAAAAUAACGACAUUAUCGAUUUUUUAAAUAAAAACUUGUCAUUUAUUCGAAUAAAGUACUUUAUUAUUAAACUUAAUAUAAAAGGAAAAAUCAAAAAAUAAUAUUAAUCUAAUGAUAAUUUUCAGUCAAUGUAUGUAAGUACAUACUUGGUUCUGGCAGACAGCCUGUCAGACUAAUUCCCAGUUAUCGAUUCCACGUAUACGUGGAAACGCAUCGUUGUGUUGCAUUCAUAGGGUGGGUGAACUGUGUCUUUCUUACAUGCCACUUUACUCAAAAUAUAUUAGAAAUAAUUAUUACAAUAAUAAUUUUAUAUUUUGCUAAUUUAUUUCACAAAAAUUACUCAAUAUAAAUAUUUAUAUUUGUUCAAUCCGAAUGCGUUUACUCAAAUAAUAAAAUAAAUAAUAAUAUUUCAAAUUAUACGAAUCUCUAAAUGAAGUUUUCUUAACAAUUUUAACUUUAACGAAUAAUAUAUAUAAUUUAAAUUCAAAUUUCAUUUUUUCUCAUGUUAAAUCGUGUCUAAACUUGACCAAAUAAAAUAUAAAUAUUUUACAAAUUCAUUACAUAAAUUAUAUAAUUUUAUUAUUGUCAGCAUAUAAUAUGUAUAAUAUAUGUAAUAAGUAUAUUCUACUACAAUGUUUACUAUAUGAAAUUUGACCCGUUUUUCAAAUUCUCCUAGGUGGGACAAUUUUAAGCAACAGUACAACUGUCCUCAAUAGCGCGUUUCUCAAGCGGCUAUCGAAGAAUUCGCGAUUUCGAUGUCGCGGCCAAAUUUCGGAGAUCGUCCUUGUACGCCGACGAUCUAUCCCCCGGCUAUGCAUGUACCAGGGUCGUAUUAUACACACGAUACACCUAUAAUUGCACGUAGGGCGCUUCGUCGUAACGCUUCGUGGAUCGAUAGCUAGGAAAUGGCCGGAAGCCAAGUCCGACGACGUCGUUUCGAGUUUUGCCGUUGUCACCGUAUGGGACCUAACCCCUUUCUUGAAUGUCCCACUUGUAUCGGCCAUCCCCCAACGCGGAACCCCUUCUCACUGCCCUCUUGUUUCUUCUUUGCGCGAGAAGAACUCGUAUUUUCUUGUCAUUCUUCCACGUGGUCUCUUCGAGGAUACAUGGAAGGGUCAGUGCAUUAGAUUCGCUUCACAAAUUUAUUUCGUUUAUUGUCUUUCUUGAUUCUUUUUAAACGAACAAUGGACAACGAUAGAAUAGUUUUUGACAUUAUCACUUUUUCGAAAGUUUGAUUCUACGGAAGCUUGAAAAAAUUGAAAUUGAAAUUUAUAAUUUUUAAAUAUUCUGAAAAUGAUUUUUAAUAUAUUUUUAAUAUAGAUGUAAUUUAAUUUUAAAGUAUGUUUAAAAAAAUAUUAAUACUAAAACUUUUACCAACAAUCGAAUGUGAGCUCAAGAGCAGCAGUUAUUUCACCUGUUCCCCCCAAGAAUUCGUUGUUUGUCUUCCUUUAUGCCUUCAAUCAUCGAGGUUUGAAUCGCGAUCCGGGCUGUGCAAUAGGCGCAACGUGGGGUGCCGUUUAUCCCAGUUUCUUUAAAUUCUCAAGGGCAGCACCGGGGAAAACACCCCCCGGUGAAAUUGUGAUAUCGAAAUAUGAUGCUAUAUUUAACCAGUAGGGUAUACUGCAGAAUAAUAUACGCAUUGUUUCUUUUUUCCUUCGCCUCGUUUGUUCCAUCUAUUUAUUUAAUUACCAGAAAAUUUUACUCUCCUUUUUUUUUUUUUUUUUUCAAUCGAUACAAUAAGCAUAUCGCAGAAAUAGAAUUUAAUUAUUAGAUUUACUUUCAAAAUUAAAAAUAUCGUUUAUAGAAAAUCAAUUAUUAAAUAUAUUAUGAGCUUUACAAUACUUUGCUCCACAUUGAAAUAACUUUAUAGCAAAAAUCUUUUAAUUUGCAAUUAGAUAAUAUAAGUACAUCUCCAAAAAUACAUUAAUCAUCGAAUCAUCAAUCAAUUUUAUAUUAUACAUAUCAUAUAUCUAUAAUUAUCAGUAUUAAAAAUUUUAUAGAUCUGCAUACCACUCCAAAGCCAAUUCCCAAGCAAAAUUAACCAUCAUCAGUCGAAACGAAUUUUACAUAUAAAUCUUCCUUGACGUUAUUCCUUGGCAACACCAUUGCCAAAGUUGAAUGGACACCACGACGUUCGAUAGCCCAUGGCCAGUGUUGAAAACAACAUCAAAGGCGCCUAGGGAGGAUUCCUUAUCCGGGGGAUCUGAAAGGCGACGGCUGGCCGCACGAUGAAGAAAAAAGAAAGGUGGAUCGUGGCGCGUGCCACACGAGGGGUGACCACACCGAGGCUCCUUUUUAUUUUGCGGAAGAUCGUCCACGUAUACCUUUCACCGUGGACAAUGGGGUCGUGGCUGAAGGACGUAUCAGCUCUCAGCCAAGGGUAACGGGCAUCGUAAAUGAUCCAUGGAAAGCAGCUGCACAUGUUUUCCCAUUUUCACAAACUUUCUUGCUUAAACACGUGAUAAUCAUGAAUUUCGAAGAAUCUUGUUCAUAUAAUCAUAGUUGUUAAAAAUGGAUUGUUUUAUGGCCGUUAAAUGAAGCAAUAAAUAUUCGUUAAAAAUGGACAAAGACAACUUGUUAUAAAAUAUAUGUCGAAUAUUUAACGUGAUUGGAUAUGAAUUUUUCAAAUCGAUUAUGAUAGAAAACUAUGCACAUAAAUAAAGCAAGAAAAAGGAAUAAUAAAUUUCUAAUUUCUCUGAUCGAUAAAAGGACACGAUAUCUCGCCAAAGAUACGUUGAACCACUCAAUGUAUUACUAAAAAUAAACAAUACACAAAUUAAAUUACAUACUAAAUACCAAAUUAAAUCAUCGAAACCAGCAAAAGUUGUUAAUUAAACAUUAAUUAAACAGUUUAAUGGUAACAAGUCAAGCACUCGAAUGUUGCGACACCAUAGAGACAUUGGCAGAAAGGUUUCGGGGAGCCGCAACAACAAGUUGCAACCACCUGGCGAGGGCAAUGCCGGCCACCCAGCGGCCUCCAGGUGCUCCCAAAACCCCCUGUCUCGUCCCGCAUGCCUGCUGCCGACGUGGACGUCGUCGUUCAUGGAAAAAGGAGCGCGAUCCCGUGCACGAGACGCCAUGCAACAUCUCCCCGUGCCUCCCUGUCCAACGGGGGGCAACAGUGUCGUUCUGGAACACGCGCGAAUCAACGUUCCAAAAUCGAUACGUACAUCUGCCGCAACGUAGAGUCUAUUGACUCCUCUGCUCGGAGCAUCUCCAAGGCGACUCAGGAUGGAACGCGCGGCGUGUCCCGCUUUCCACGGAAAUCUCGUGGGAGAGCAGACGGUUCUCGUGGCGACUGGCGACUCCAUGGUUUAUUGAUACCAUUGUAGAGUGAUCUGGAAGCGUUUCUGAAUUUUUUUCACCAUCCUAAUUUAGGACAAAUGGAUUUUGGAAGGGAGCCGUCGUGGUGUGCGCCCGGACGACUUUGGGCUAGUUCGUCUUCAGAGUCUUUAAUCUGGGAGAUGAUUGAUAAUGCUCGCAACGUUCCAAGACUGGCCUGUAUACGUACGUACUCUCGAUUCGGUUGAUUACUUCAUUUUAUUCCGAUGGAGUCAUUUUGUAGAGGCUUGGAUAUAUAUAUCGGUCGAGUAAUCCAACAAAGGGGCGUUUUACGUGUUCCGGGAGCCGUGUGCCAACUUUAAGAAAAGUGGACAAAAAGUCGCGAUAAAUUUUUAUGGAUCGCAUUUACUUCGAAUUAUUUACUCCGCAGUAAUAAUAUUAUAUCACCUGAAUACAUACAUGAUUAUGUACAUAUAAGUGUAACGUUAAAGAGAUAUAUUGUAAUAAUUGUAUUUAAUGAUAAUCGAUUUCCAGGGAACUUAAAACUUUUGCGAAUCCCAACGAUUGUUUUAUAUAUUUUUUUAAACUAGUAAGAAAUCAUGAUUUUAUAAUACGAAAAUACGACCGAGUUGAAAAUGAUUUAAAGAGAAUGAAGAACGAAAGCGAAGCAUGGCAUUCGUUGUCGAAAAAGAAUUUUGUUUGAAUAAUCGACGAGCGAUCGACUGAUCACUCUCGAAACAAGCGUAUUUUACAAAACGCCAAUUUCAGUGCAAUUCCCUCAUCGAUGCAAGCUAUUAGUUUCCGCGAUCGAUCCGUGUCACACGACACCGCCGUUCAUGGUAUACCAUUCAUGCAGCCCGCUGUAAAAAGAGAAUACGUAUCCGUUCGUCCACGGAGGAAAGAUGCGAUCCCCGAUAAAACGAUCAAAAUUAUCGCACUUAUGCAUCUCGUGAACCCAAACAAAGAUUUAUUAUCGAACGCAAUAAAUAAAAAAAUAGAUUAAUAAUCAAACAACUUUUACAAUCUCUUUAAUGUUUUUCAUCAUAUCACAAUCUUGUUUUCAUAAUUCAAAGAUUAAACUAGAUUAAAAUUUAUCGUUUCGACAGUUUGUUUGCGUUACAUUUUCAAACAGUUAAAGUAUAAAUCAAAAGUAUAAAAAGAUGGAAAUCAAACGAUACAAGGAAAGAGGAAAAAUUAAGAAUACCAUCCAAAAAAAAAAGAAAUACACGAUCUUAAUAUAACAAUCUCAGAAAUAUAACGAAAUAAAAGAAGCUAGCGAUCGCGAUACAAAAGAAAAGAUAGAUGCAUCGAUUGAUAGAUAGAGGCAGCACCGCCCAAAAAGCGAAAGACCGACGGAAAGAGGCUUAACCGACACAGCGUAACGAGAAGGACGAGAAGGAGAAAGACACUGGUCGCCGCAGAGUAAAGAAGAGAACGAGUGGAGGGGGGCGCAGAGCGAAGGAGGGAGGAAAGAGCGUGCGAGCGUAGCAGCGCUCCGUUGAUGGCACAGGUCGGGCAACGGGGGGUGGUUUCGAGACGUCGCGUUGCGGGGCAUCGAUUUCGGGCCAGGCCGAUGGCAUCGGCGGGGUAUCGAGGGGCGUCCCGACGUGGUGGCGCGUCGCGGCGCUGCUGCUGCCACUGUCGUACCCGAAAGCUACACCGGCCUUCCAACUACCACCGCGGCUCUGCCCUCUCCUACCUCGAGGCUCCGUCCUGCUCUGCCCUCCUGUCCCCGCGGCGGGGCAGGGAGGAGGCGCACGGCUGGUAUAGAGCGCGCUCGCGAAAGCCGGCUGCGCGCGAGUCGGCGGACGUGUGCGGCGGAGAGCGUUGCGGGCCGCACGAGCUCGCCACGGACGUAGCCGAACAACCGCUUGGCAGUCGCGCGACCAGAGACCACCGCGUCGUGGUGCUGCCAGCCUCGAGUGCCUCAGCUCAGAGCGCGAGGAGACUUGGCCUCUACUACUCUGGCUGGCACUGACGUACAGACACGGGGGACGACGCACGCGGGACCACGAGGUUCAGUACACGCCGACGAGUCCACGAGGACGGAUCUAUCCUAUCCAUCCGCGUUUCCAAUCUUUUCUCUCCCGCUUCACACCACAAUCAUGAGCGGAUACAGCGAAUUUUCGGAGUCGCUCGUAAAAUAGAAAACGAUAUAUAUUUGUAUAUACAUGUAUAUGUAUAUAUAUAUAUAUAUAUAUAUAUAUAUAUAUAUAUAUAUCUCGCGUUUCUUAUUAAUUUUUUGUAAUAUUGGAUUACGAGUCAGGAGUAUCGGAGAGAAGUGAGAAGACGUGAACGGGCAGAUACAUAUGGACGGAGUAAAAGUAGCCUAGGACGUGACUGCACGUUUCGUACACGAAUGCGUGGUGUAGCCGGAUGCGCCGGUGCACCACCAGCUGCAGCUGUCAGUGCCGCUACUACCACCACCGCUACCAGCACCGCCGGUGCUGCCUACCGCCGCCGCUGCUGCUGCCGCCGCCGCCGCCGUCGUCGCCGCUGUCUCGCUGGUGCUGCUGCCGCUGGCGGAGGCUCGCAGAGGUGUCCACCUCGUGGCAGUCGACACUUUCUGCCGGACGGUAGUGGUGUCCAGGCGCGCUGGACAUACGACGAGCCGCAGCCGGUUGCCGCUGCGCCGUUGAAAGAGCGCAAGGACUAGGAGCGCGACUCGACGAAGGAAGGAAGGAAGGAAACAGCGGAGGGAUAAGGUGCGGCGCGAAGGUGGUUGGUGGCACACGGGUGCUGUUCGCCGCUGCUCAAUGGCGAGGACACUGUAUUUUUGUCGGUGUUAGAGCAAGGAUCGGCGGAGCGGGAAGAAGGAAAGGAAGAGGAAGGAAGGAGAGAAGGGCUCGGAGAAGGAGCAACGAGUGCGACGAACCCUUUCGUUACUCCCUUACACGCACGCAGGCUGCACACUCGUGCACGUACGCCGCGAGAGCCGCGACGUGUCGCCGGUAAUACAGCGUGUACGCUUUCGUUUAAAGGGUUUCUUCCCUCCGACGUGAACGCGCCUAGGAGUGCCGGAUCGCACGCGGUUCCUCCUCUUCACGAGUCGAGUUCCGUCGGGGUGACUUGCGUCGCGUCUACCUUUCGCGUAGUUCCUGUCCCUUCCUCCACCUCCCAUUUUGCGAUGUUGUCCAAGUGAACAGGACUGAAACAAAGAACGAAGAAACGGAGAAAUGAAAGCGCCAGAGAUCUACCGACAAAUCUUACCUGUAUAAACCACCUGUAUAAACUACAUACACACACACACACACGCGUAUAACCGAAGAGGAAGAAAGUAAUCUUCGCGAGAAACAACGAAGUUAAGAAAGUACUCCAAGUUAUAAAUUAUUCGUCUCGGAAGAGGAACGAAGAAGAAGAGGGAGAAAGAGUCACGAGUUGGUGAUCGGUGGCGGGCGUGUUGGUGGUGAUCGGUUCGGCAGGUCGUGGUGAUGCCUCUUAGCCGCGGAUCCUCGAGAUCGCUGGGUGUCGUAGGUAAGGACGCCGCAAUCCCGGUCGCAUACGGCGCCGUUGCGACGAGGACACGCUGACGAGUGCAGCACCCGGUGGCACGGCGGUGGUCGCUCCUCCAGGCCAUGUAUUACGGUCCGGCAACAGAGCAUAGAAUCGGCAGCAGCUGCAGUGUCAGCGACGUUCACAAGCCACCACGUCCGAGACGGCGUAGACGCGUUGCCGCGGCGUCCCGCGUCGCGGACGACGCCGAGAACGAGGACGAGCUCCCGUACCGAAGGGACGAACCACCGGCUUACGUGGUCCUCGACGUGCAAGCGAAGCGCGGGGGAGAACACGGGGAUGGAUGUCACGUCGCGCCGAGGCCGGGCAGAAGACGGGCUCGCGGAAACGCGAUUAGGAUACUGCUGCUCGCCACUGCCGCUGCCUUCCUCGCGCUCGCCGUCUCUCCUGUGUCUGGCACGACAAACAAGAAAGAGGAAGAGACGGCGGUGGCUACUGUUGGCGUCACAGAGGAGAGCACUAGUGUCCUGGGCACGAGAUCCAGGACAGGAAGCGAUCCUGGUGGAGGUAUAGAUUUGUUGGCAGCGUUACAGCUGCACAACACAACACGACUGGGUGUUACACAGGUGCCAGGACUGGUUAGAUUAAAACCAGCCUAUUAUCUUCAGGGCGAGGAGAGGGAGCUCCGACUGAACGAGGCGAGCUUCGAACGAGCGGCCACGCUACUCCGGCGGGUUCCGGAAUUCACUAUAGCCGCCGCUCUACGACAAGAGGAGGCCAAUUCCGGGACAAUCGUCGCCUUUUCACAUGGGAACAAUAGAUAUUUGGAGCUGCAGAGCAGCGGCCGUAAAGACGAACUUCGACUGCAUUAUGUAUCACGCCGGGACGGUAGUGUCCACGUGGAGGCGUUCCCUUUUCGUCUGGCCGACGGCGCUUGGCACAGGGUCGCCCUGAGUGUAAGCGGCUCGCAGGUCGAGCUGCUCGUCGACUGUCAUCCUUUAUACAGGCGGUUACUUAGGCCUGGACCACCUGACACCAAUUUCACUUUGCCACAAUUGCAACUCUGGGUUGGCCAGAGAAAUGUCAGGCACUUUCUCUUUAAGGGUGCUUUGCAGGAUGUGAAGCUGAUACCAGGCCCCCAUGGCUACCUUUCCCAAUGUCCCCAACUCGAUUCGUCUUGUCCCACUUGCGGUCAAUUUUCUAUAUUACAAAACACGGUGGAACAGCUGAUGCAUAAUCUGAACGAGCUCACGCGUAGGCUAGCCGCUGCAGAGGGCAGGAUAAGCAAAGUGGAGGAGUGCGAGUGCCAAAAGUCGUGCAGGGCAAAUGGCACCGUUCACGAGGAUGGUGCGACCUGGGAAAAGGGUUGUCAACAGUGUUCCUGCGUUCAUGGGGAGAUUGAGUGCAGGCCGACACCCUGUGCGCCUGUAACCUGCAAGAAUCCCGUCAUUCCUCAAGGACAAUGUUGUCCUAUAUGUUUAAAGCAAUGUUAUUUGCACGGAGUAAUUUACGAUCACGGUGAGAAAGUUUCGCCGAAACAGUGCGUAGAAUGCGACUGUUUCGAUGGCAGCUUCACUUGCCAGAGAUUCGACACUGAAACAAGAUGUCCGCCAUUGCCCUGUCCGCCGAGCGAACAGAUCAGCGUAGCCGAAGAAUGCUGCAAGUUCUGUCCGGGGGUGGACUACUGUGCGAAGGGCCACAAGUGUCAUGCUAAUGCGUCCUGCCUGAAUCUGCAGACAACGUACGCCUGCCAUUGCGAUAUCGGUUUCCAGGGGGACGGUCAUAACUGUCACGACAUAGAUGAAUGCAAACAGCAAGGUGGCUCCGAGGGGCAUCAUUGUAACGCAAACACUAAAUGCGUGAACGUGAACGGCUCUUACACGUGCGAGUGUCUUCCGGGUUACCACAGAGUAGACAAAUUCAACUGCGCCGAGUUAGACGAGUGUGCGACUGGUCAUCAUGCGUGCGAUGAGCACGCCACCUGCGUGAACACAGCAGGAAGUUACUAUUGCAUCUGUGAAGAUGGCUACACUGGCGAUGGUUACACAUGCAAACCUGUUUGCAAUCAAACCUGUCAAAAUGGCGGUGAAUGCGUGGCGCCAGGAAGGUGUUCCUGUCGGCGUGGCUACAUAGGCAAUAGUUGUGAAUUAGAUUUGGACGAGUGUGCGAGUGAUUUACAUCGGUGUCAUCAAUCAUCAACGUGUUUCAAUAUGCCCGGUUGGUAUUAUUGUCGUUGUAAACCGGGUUACAGAAGCGCCCUCCAUGAUAGUACUCAGGGUACACAAUGUCUCGAUAUCGACGAGUGCAAUGACCAAACGAUCGAGAGGAGGCAUACCUGUCAUCCUAGCGCUAAGUGUGUCAAUACCGAGGGUGGUUAUGAAUGUAUUUGCCCGCCUCAAGAGGAAAAUAGUACUAUGGAGGAAUGUAGACUGAGUUGUUGGUUCGAAAAUCAAGAAGUGAAAAACGGAGAAACUCUAGCACCAGCCGAAAAUCCCUGUAGGAGAUGCACUUGCAAAGAUGGUGUUGUUACAUGUAGGGACCCGAUUUGCGAUUGCAGCGCUCCGGGAAGUCAUCGGGAUAAAUGUUGUCCGCAAUGCGAUCCUGCGGCUUCCUGCAGGCAUCAAGAACUUCAUCAUCUAGUCUUCAGAAGUGGCGAACGAUGGAUAUACCAAUGUCAGACUUGUGAAUGCCUGUACGGCGAAGUAGACUGCUGGCAAAUGGAAUGUCCACCAGUGACUUGCUCAAACCCUGUGACAGAGGAUGGGGACUGUUGUCCUCGUUGUGAAGACGAUCCCUGCGCGAGAGAAACGUUUGGAAAUGACACCUCUCUCUCGGUAUUAACUAGGCCACAACCUUGCAGCUACUCUGGAAUUAUUCACGAGAGUGGCAGCUCCUGGCAGGAUCCUCAUGACAAGUGCACCACGUGCGAGUGCAAGGUGCCGUACUGCGCCCAAUUGGUGAGCAAUAGCGCGUGUUGUGUGCAUCGGACGGGCAGCUAUGCUGCAGCUACGAUUACGGCUGCGCUGGCGAUCUGGGCAGCAACAAGCAGCAGCAACGUCCUCCAGUCGUUGUUCCUGAGCCUGUCGUACGCAGUCUACCGAGUUCUACGCGGUCACCGAUGGUCGAUGGUGCAUCGGAAGCAGCUGUAUCAGCGGUUACCGCUUCCGCUAGUGCAACACCAGUCACCAGCGCUCACCUCCUGUCGGCAUCGUCUUCUUCCUCCUCAUCCAUUAACAACGCCGCCGCCGGUGGUGGGUCGACCAUCAGAAAAAUUCACUGGAACGUACAAAACAACCUGCCAAAACCAUCCCAACAACAGAGGGACGGUCGUCACGUCAGAGUGCAAACACAGCAACAACAGCAAAUUUUACCGACAGCCAGGUACCAGCUGGUUUCUGGAGCAGCGACGACGUCGUCGUCGGCGCCUGAACGCGUUGCAUCCGCGUCGACGUCGUCGACGACGACGAUUAAAGCUCCGAACACGAAAUACGAGGGCAAAUCACAGACGUCUGCAUCGAGGCGUCAACGCGCUAAAGCGGCCAACAACAGUCUUGGGAACCUGCGUCAGCGCAGCAAUGUGUCCUUCGUACCCUCCCCCUCCUCCGCCUCCUCCUCUUCCUCCUCCACGUCAUCGCUAUCGUUCUCGUCACCUCUCGCAAUGCUGGUGCCAUCUGGAGCAAACCUCGAGCCGCGAGCCGAGAACAUCUCGGCCAGUAACAGCAACGGUACUAGCGAGAAUGUGGUCACAAAUGGUUACCGUCAGCCGGCAUCAACAGGAGGGCACCAUCGGCGUAGCGAUGGCGGAGAAUCCGUGGCGCGCAACAGUGGUGCCACCUGAGGCUGACGCUCGCGUGGACAGUUAGAAGAGAAAGAAAUAAACACUGGCAAGGCAUUCCAAGGGGUGUAGCACGGGAACUGGGCCGUGGCCCGAUAUAGGAGCGAGUUUGGAGAAGCGUUCUCUCUCUAUGGUCAUCUAUGAUCGUCUAAUCGAGGGUGUUGUCGAGGGAAGCGAGUGCACUGAACAAGAGGAACGCGACCACGGAGUGAAACACUGAAAAGCACAACAAGGGGAGUCCGUUUGGAUUUGAUUGUUCGACGAUCAUGGGCAACGAGCGUGAUAAACACGCUAAGGAUGAAAACGUCCAGUUUCCUUGACGAGAUCGAUCCUCGUCCAACUUCCAGAAAUCGUUGCGUAUCUAGAUCGUCUAUCAAGAUACAUUUCUUAUUAUCUGUGGUCUGUGCUUGUCCGACUUGAGUCACGAUAGGACGUGGAAAAAGCUAUCGAUACUCGAGUUUGGAUAUAGAUUAGGUCAAGCUUGGCGCUUCGAGGACACAGUGUUCAGCGAGGAGUAAUGAUUGACCGGGGAAAGUUAGGUGUGCCAAAAAUGUGAGCCAGCCAACAUCGAGAACGAAGUUGAAGUUUCUGUUUGCGACGGCAUACGCGGACUCGAUAUGUUCUCUCUGAUUACUUUCUUUCUUUUUAAACUUUUUUCUUUCUUUCUUUUUUUUUCUUUUCUUUUCUUUUCUUGUCCCGAAGAGAUCGAACAAUCGAACAGAGGGCGGGUCCGUCAUUGUCGUUGAUCGUUGAUCGGACGAAAUGUCUUUCCUCGCGUUUUGAGCUGGGUCAAGCAUAACACAAGUGAGAGAGAAUCGAGAAACUGAGCCCGUGACGCGCGGUGUCCUUCGGAGCGUUCUCUAAUAAAAAGCAACACCGAUCACACGCUUUCGCGAUUCCUUUCUUUGGCAUAAUUUCCAUGUUGAACAGGUAGCGCACAAUAUUUGGGCCUUAUAAAAAUUAUAAACAGGAAAACGAAAAAAUAAAAAAAAAUAAAAAAGGAAGGGUGUCUUUCUUCGUCUUUUCGCCAACGGAAAGGCUAAUAUGAAUCGUGUAAUUUGAAUCGUGUUCUCUGUUUUUAAGGCAAGAUGAGAAUAUAAAAAAAAUAAAAUGAUAGGAAUUAGUAAUUUACCGUAAGGAAUUGAAUAUCCCAACGAGAAGGACAAAGAAAUAAAAAUAUCGAAUUGCGUUAAAGAAGAGCUCCGUAAUAUACUUAUUAAUAUAUACAAAUAUAUAUAUAUGUAUAUUAUAUAUAUAUGUAUAAAUAUAUAUAUACGCGAUGUAUAUUCAAUAUACGGAAUCAUGCGUGAAACAUAAACGAUUCUAUUUAUAGAGUAAUGUGAAUCGAGAUCGAUCUUGUCGAUUAUAAGAUAAAAAGAAAGGAAAAAGUACGUGUACACUUACAUAUAUAUAUAUAUAUAUAAAAAAAAAAGAGUAUUCUACAAUGGAUCAUAUCUCGACAAUAUAAGGUAAACGCGCGAUAUACACCAAAUUAUCAUAAUGCGGACAUUAUAGAGAUCGUGUCUUCUUGGAUAAAAUGGAAGCGAUUAAUUAAAAGGGCAAAAAAAAAAAAAAAAAAUAAAGUGGAUAAAAAGUCGUAUAGUCUUUACGCUUGAAACGUUAACGUUUAAGAGUCAUCAUCGUUAUGUAUUAGGAUAACGCGAAGAUUCCGAUUCUCGUGAAGAUCUUGAGAGAGAGAGAUAGCAACACGCUUUUUUGUAGACAGCCAAUUAUAAGCCGGUUCAGUUUCUCUGGUUCUGAAACGCUGAAUGGUUUAUGCCUGAUCCAUAUGUGUCGAAUCAUAGAGCGCGCAACCUGUGCCUCCGAGGAUUCAACAUCCAUUUAGUCUUCACUAUUUAUAUACAGUGAAAAAUUAAACGUGUUCGUUCGAUUGUUUCAAACAAAAAUUACAUUUCAGAUAUUAUAUUUGUACUUUAUUACAAUAUUCUUUGAUAAUUGCGUAUAAAUAUAAAGUCACUUGAAUCCGUUAAAAAAACAGGUUAGAAAGUUUUCAGAUUUGGUUUAGUUAUAGUGACAAAAUAAGGUGAGAUGCUCAAGUAAUAUUUUGAAAAGUGCAUUGUUAUUAAUUGAAUUUAUGCAAUUUUUUCGGUUGAAAUUAAGGAUACGUUUAAUUUUUUACAGAUGUAAUUGGGUAUUCUGUUCAAUUAUAAGUUGCAUACCGGACGAUGAACGUGCCGGUUUGCUUGAACGAUUCUUUAUCUCGCUCAACCCAAUGCGAUCACUACGACUACAUUCCUCCUUGAUUAACAAUAAGUAGGCACUAAAAAAAUGAGAGAAACAUAUAAAUAUAUAUAUAUAUAUUUAUAUUUAUAAAUAUUUAUAUAUAUAUAUAUAAAUAUAUAAAUAAACGAAGAAAUAAAAAUGUGGAUAAAUUAAUUAAGUAAAGAAGCAAGGAAUGGAUGGAUAAAUAAAAUAAAUAAAUAAAUAAAUAUAAUAUAUAUACACAUAUGUAUAUAUAAAUAUAUAUAGUGUUGUAUAAAAGUUUUAGGUCACUUAUCAAACAAGAAUAUUUCGUUUUUAUGAUAUUUAAUAUUAAUAUUAUUUUAAUUUUAUCAUUAUUAUUUAAUUAAAAAAUGUUUGAUGCAAGAAUUAUUAAUUAGUUUGAAAAAUAUAAAUUAAUCUAAAAAAUAAAUAUUCUGUACGUGUUACUUUUAUUUUUCUUUGCAAUUGUUUUUUUCUUUUUUUUCUCUAAAAUUGUUCUCCAUUUUUCUAUUUUAUUGUAAACGGUAUCAUUUUCUAUUAUUUAUUUUAAUAUUUUAAUAUUUUUGAAUUAAUAUAUUCAAUAAGAUAAUGAACAAAUAUAGAAAUUUAUUUUCAUGUGAUAAAAUAUGAAAUAUUUCAUAUGUAUGAUACAUAUUUAGUUAACAAUAAUAAAAUUAAGUAAUAUAAAUGAUCUAAGACUUUUUGUAUAGUACAGUAUAUAUAUAUAUACAGGAAAAGAAUUAAUAUAACAUACAUGUACGUAUAUAUAUAUUUAUAUAUAUAUACAUAUAUAAAAAUAAAGAUGAAGCAUUCAAAUAAUGAAUCAAUUAAUGGCAAAAGAAGCGUACAUUCGUAAUCGUUUAUUCGAUGUGCAAUAACGUAACGGUAACGGCUUAAUUUGUAAAGAAAGCUAUUAGAUACGCGGAACCAGUGUUGCUCUAUACAUAACAAGGGAGGAUUUUCAUUAGUGUAACACGAACAUUUGUUAGUCACAGUCGCGUGGCGGCUGUUACCCUCUAGUAUUCCACUAUGCUUAAACCUUUGAUUUCUUUUUUUUCUUUCUUUCUUUUUUUUUUUUUUUUAAUAUAUAUUCAACGAAAUUUCGAGGAAUAUCAUUCUUAGGCAUUUGAACUGACUCGUGGAAAAAUUGUGGCGCGGAGGACAGCCAUUUUGUAUUAUAAAAACAACGAAGAAUUGACGUAAGAUGGCGGCCAGUCAUGCGACUUGGAAGUUCAGAGCACUCGUACGAAAUGACGACGAUUCGUUUCAAUUUUUUUUAUAUAUACAAGAAUAUAUAAUUUUCCAUCGCGACCAUUGAAAAGAAACGAAGAAUAGAAAAGGUCGCAGGUAGUUCCUCAAGUUAAAGAAGAAUUGAACAACGAGCCUUGUGCACUUCGUACGUGUACACGAACAAGAUAUAUACACAUAUACACACGCAUAAAUAUGAUAAAUGAGGGGGAAAAAGAAAACGUGCAUUGGGUAGUAAAUUAAUCAUUAUUGAUCGAUGAACACGCUGCGUUGCUCUGAUUGUAUAUAGGAUGUGUAAUAUUAGACAACAUAUUAGCGAGGCGUACACACACAUACAUACAUCAACAAGUUAUAGAGAACCAGAAGGCUAUUUCCUUCGUGGAAAUUUAAUUAACGAACGAAUUAACACAAUUUAAUGACACCGAGUCAAAAAUCAAGAUCGAUACAUGACACGAAUUUAUUGAUGUGUGACAAAAAGGAUGAUGAUGAAUGAUGAUGGAUGAUGAAGAGAGAAGGAAAUUUUCUCCGAUUAUUUUCGAUAAAUUAACCUUUAUUGCCACGUGAAAUUUUCAAAAAUUAAGACCAACGUUGAAUUUUCUCUCUCUUUAAAUCGUUUUAUAUAUAUUUAUCGUUUUAUACAUUUUCUCUCUCUCUUUUUCUCUUUCUCUUUCUCUCUCUCUCUCUCUCUCUCUUGUUCUCUUCGCAAUGUUUUUCAAAAUUCCAAGACGAGAACGGGACAAAGAGAUCGGCGCAUCGUAUCGUAAACUAGCAUACAAUUAAUUGAUAAAUAAAUAGAAUUGUAUUAAUUAUUGUAUUAUCGAUAAAUAAUCGUGUUAAGCAUUUACGACAAAUUAAUCUCGAGGAGUGGGGAUAAGAAGAGGAAGGACGAGUCUAAAUAUUAUAUAAAUGUAUAAGUGGAAACGAAAGGAAAAAAAAGGACAAAAGAGGAAAUAUCAGAAUCAUUGAAAAUUAGAGGCGAUAUUAAUUAUUAAAGAUGUACUAUGUUAGAUGUAACGUUGCGUGGCCGGAAGAGGAGAGGAGAAGAUGAAUAGAAUGUUCCGUUGCCAGUUUUAGUUUUCAUGUAAUAAUAUUUUCAUAUUAUCACACAUCGUAGUCUCUAAGAACAUUCAACAUUUUUUGAACGGACAAAAAAUAAGGGAAAAUUGAUGAAUUACCUCGUAUUUUACGUUUGAGAAAACCGAAAAUUAUUCAACGAACUUCGAUUUCGCCAUGGAUGGAAUCAUAAGUCUCCCCUUCGAGGGACAAUUAAGAAUUAACUUAUUUCUGGCAACGUGGCAUUUGUCCGCCAUCAUUCGUGCGUUGUCCUUUUAUUCGAUUAGACAAGAUAGCCAAGACAGAUCUCGUUAUGAGGUAGAUAGGACAUGUAAGUAUAAAUCGUUAGGUAGGGUAGAUACCUGAAAGCAGGGCGGCGAUAAACUGAGCCAAUGUCGCGUGCCAUAGCGAGUUUAAUCGUAAUAGCAUUCACUCGUUGCUCUUCGUACUUUGGAUAGAUUUGAAAACUCAGAAAAAAAAAAAGAAAAAAAGAAAAACAAAAAAAAAAGAAAAAAGAGACGAAAUAAUCGAUAAAGGAAAACGACGAAAUAUGGAAAAACUUACCUACCUUUCACUGGGAAAAUACAAAAAGGGAAACGAACUCUAAAAACUGUUGAUAAAAAAAGAAAAAGGAAAGAAAUAAGUAGUUAAGAAACAGCGAAAGAGAUCAGCUGGAAGACCUCUUUUAUAGUGUUACUUAAUUAUUAAUAACAAUUUACCACGUUAUUCCUGACUAUUGUUAGUUAAAUGCCUAAUUACUUAUUAUCGAAGUAAUUAACUACACAACGAUUAACUAGUAAGCGCUUUUAAAUUAAAGAAAUAUUAACGAGGAUCUAAUUACAGCCAGCCUAGUCUCAGUUUACUCUGUGCUAACACGUAGACGUUUUUACCGUUACUAUCUACUGGCACUAACUUGUUACCGUCAUCAUCAUUGUUUCGUUCGAUUUCGUCAUGUACAUGUGCGAUCAGCGGAGUCUGCAUUAACUUUCGUGGCCUAACCUUUGCAAAUACGAAACAAAUACGAAAGGGAAAUUAUUUUUUAUCUUUUAUUUAUUUUUUUUUUUUCUAAGAAUUGAAUACAUCGAGCAAAUACUUUCUUAAUCUUAAUUUUCUCGAUCCAAGGAUUUUUUCCAUUUUAUUUCCAUUUCUUCUAUUCAUCGCAUUGUUAUUUUAUGGCCACAGAAGUGGCUGCAGCAUCCCAGUCUAUCUGGUACAACAUCGAACCGGACGAAUCAAACGAAUCGUUGCUAGUAUUAUACUUGUCUCGAUACGCAUACUAAUGGCUGGCGCAAUCGUCACUGCCGAAAUUAUCAUCGUCAUCUUUGUUCAUUUUGAUUAUAUCCUAUCAGGGUACAGGCGGUCGACAACUGAGCGUCGAGUUUGUAAAAUUGUUAACCACGUGCUCUUUAAACUAACUAAUUGUCAUAACUAUUGUCUAACUAUUUACUAAACUUAACGCUGUCAUUGAAAUGGUCACAACUCGCGAUAUAUAAAUAGGUAAUCUUGUUUCUUUUUUUUUUUUUUUUUCCGUACAAAUCGAUCGAGAUUGUGAAUCUUGGAUCGAUACACGAGCGUAUUGAGACCGACACGACCGGGAAAAGAAGACGAAAUCGAGUGUUUGCGUCUGCGCCGCCCUCUGCAUAUAGGUGUACGCUACCUGGUGAUGUGACGUCGGUAAAUUCAAUUAGACUGUACGAACGUGGAAACGUGAAAUUUCGCUCUUCCAAAUGUGUAUGUGUACUGAUCACUCUUCGACUGCCGUACAUUCAAAUCCACUGUUUCGUCGAAUCAACUUAGGCAAACGUAUCGGGAUACGUUUGGUUAAGGGGCAAAUAUAAUCUUCGUUGAUUUUUGAACGUUUAUUCCAGCUACAUGGAAUUGUGAAACGAUCAACAUCACAAUCUUACGAUUCUUGUACCAUUUAUUCCAUUUAUGUGGGAUGGGAAUCGUUAUGCGGGUGAAGUUCGCGCGAAAUAGGUUAGGUCGACUUAUGUUUGGUAUAUACGGCGAAUAAAAGAAAAAAGAAAAAAGAAAAAAGAAAAGAAAAGAUCAAAAUAAGUAAUUAAUAUCAUAAUCAUCGGGGAUUUAUGAUGUUUUGCCGAUGUCAUGUCACUAACAUCAUAUUACCCCUCGGUAUUUCCGCCUACCUUGUCCUUCCUCCUUCCCCUGACUCUUCCUUCAGUCGCCAGUAUCAAGUCUCCUCGAGCGAACGAAACGUUCUCUGACCGAACUGAAUUCGUUUCUACCCAUUGCUCACGAUUAACCCAUGUAUAAUCAUGAGACUGUUGACCAAUACGAAACCGAUCGUGUUGUCCAAGAUGAUUGACUGACUGAAAAUUCUUGUUAACCCUCUAUAGACAACAUAUAGUUCCUAGCUUAAUUUCAUCCCAUCCAAAAAUAUAAACCAUAAUAUAAGCCCAACUUUCUCAUUCAGAUUUAAAGGUAAAGGUUUUGAAAGGUAACGAUGAAGUUGACUCAGGUUGUUUAACUAACGAUGCGAUAUAGACAUAGUCUAUACUGAAACUUGUAAAUUCAUCCUAGAUGAAAUUCGUUGUAGUUCGGGUAUAACUUAACAUAACCUUAAUCGAAACAACUUCAGAGACUUGUUAUAGCGCUAGUUAUAUCAGGCCUAGCUUUAAUCUCGGUAUAAUAGCGUUAAUCUAACGUUAAUCGUUAUAAGGUUAAACCUAUAAAAGGUUACAUAUGAUCAAGGGUUAACGAAGCAACGAUUCUUGGACUCGAUCGUUUCCUGUUGGUCGUGCAAAUCGUUUGUAACCGCGUGCAACGAUUAUCUUGAGCGUUUUAUGUCGGUCAUGGACUGAAGCUGGGUGCGGAAAGGAAGUAUAAACGAAUAUUAUAUAUGUAAAUCUCGAAUUUUUGGGAUCCAGAAUGCUAUGAUAAAAAAAGGAAAAGAAAAAAAAAACGUGUUUUCGAGCGUCGCCCGGAUGAAUAAAAAGCAAUUACUAUAUCUA